AUGAAGGCCCGCUCGUGCCUAAUGAUAAACACACACCCUUGUAACACAAAAGUGUGCAGAAGACAAAGCAAAUAUUAUUGUUGCCGUGCAAACUAUUCGUUACUACGGCCCGUCCAUAGCAAUACGCAUAUAAUACAGGUCAUUCCACGGCACCGAAAAUUUCGAAGAGCAUCAAAGAAAAAGAAAAAGACGGCACGUGAUCCGUCACUUCCCACGACGGCGGCGGCGACGUUUCUCCCACACAAUACAGAGAAUGAAAUUAUGCGGGAACACCCGGGCCAGUGCAUGAAGCCCCGCCAAAGCAUGCAAAACAAGGGGCUAAGAACCACUGCUGUGACGAGCAGCCAGGCUGCCAGGCUGCCAGGCAGGCAGACAGAGACUGAUCUGUCCACCCCUUGUUCUGGCUCUGGGACUUUGCCGCUACGGCUUGUCACAUGUGACGACGAACGCAACGAAAAAAAUAGUUUAAAAUUUAAUUAA